AUGGAUUUAAGCGAUCAAGACGAAGCGCCAGGCGAGCCAGACUUGCAACCAGUUGCUAGCUACGAUGCAGGUUUGUUCACCAAUGCACCAGCUGUAGCCACGGCCCCUCCUGCAGAUGUGAUGCCCACGGUGCCUGGAUAUGAGGGCUUUGGAGGUGAAGGCAGUGCUAUUCCCCCUCCAUAUGAAGAGACAUAUCAAGAGGAAGGCCAAGCCAGAUCCAGACACUGGGAAAUCCCAGCUAUAACCAAAGAGCUUGCCCAGGAGGUCUUCAUUGAGUAUGCAUCCAGAAAAUGUUGCUACAGUGUGAAACCAGCCAAAGAGAUGGUCUUCACUGACCUGCAGUCUCUCGACACAUAUCGAUACUGUUUGGAGACCUUCACUGAGUCAAGAUCCACUGAAUGGGCAACUGAACCAUACCAUGGCCAGGUUGUGAAUGCUGAUAAUGGCAUGGCUCCAGAACCGUGGGACAUGGCUGUUCCUGUACCUCCCUUGUUUCAGGAUUGCAAAACAGAAGUUCGCAUACCGCAUACAUCCUCUGUUAAGGGAUGUCACUCUUGCCUGCAUCUUGGUAGAUCUGCAUGUUACACAUGUAUGACAUCAGGGAGGAGUCAGUGUGUAAUGUGCGGUGGUACCGGGAGGAACUUCUCUAAUGAACGAUGCCUUACCUGUGGAGGGACUGGCAGAGUGCUGUGCAUCUCCUGCGGUGGAAUGGGUUCUAGAGUAUGCUCGACUUGUCAAGGAAGAGGAAAACUUCUCUGGUUCUUGAAACUCAAGAUUAAAUGGAAAAACAACAUACAUAAAAAUGUUGUAGAUAAGUGCUCUGGAUUCCCUAUUGAUCGUCUUGAGAAGGUUACUGGAGAGAAUCUUUUCACCGACAUGAACCAAUUAGUUAAUCCUGUUGUUAGUUUCCCUGACAAUGCAGUGAAUGCAGCAUCUAGAGAGGCUGUGAGAGCGCACCAGGCCCAGUUCUCUACCACCUGCCGUAUCCUCCAGCAGAGGCAAACCAUUGAGUUGAUCCCAGUCACUCGCGUGCACUACAGCUGGAAGGAGAAAACUCACAUUUACUUUGUGUACGGAGCUGAACACAAAGUCUACACAAAGGACUACCCAGUGAAAUGCUGCUGCUGCUCCAUUUUGUAA